UCUUAUCGGCCACAAGUGGCCGUGAAUAGCCUUAAAGCAUUUAUUAAAAGUUGUGAUAAUUGUUGUUUACAUUAUUAUUCAAAAUUUGUCGAAUAAGACAAAUUUAAUGAUAUUAAGAGGUAACUAAGAGCCUAUAGGAGCAGCUCCCAUAACCGUCCUCGCAACUGCAGAGAAGACAGCAUUUGCAAUGGAUAAUAUCAAUCACCUUCCACCAGAAAUCUUAGAACGCAUUUUCAGCUCCCUCAACUUUACCGAACGAAAAAGCGCUGGCGGAGUUUGCAGUUACUGGCGUAGCGUCUUGCAUAAUGUGCGAUUCCAGCGGCGGUGUCGUAUAUCUCUUAGCGAUACGUUUGACCAGGAGCUAUCAGAGUUAGAACUGAGAGCAGUACGAAGCUAUCACAAUAUAAAACUGUUGCACUGGGCGGAGUGGUUUGAUGAUGAUGAUUAUGAUGACGAUUACGACUAUGUCGAAGAGGAAGGCGAUGAACCACGCAAAAAUGAGGAUAUAAUCCAUCUGAAAUAUCUCUUCGAGCCAAGCCCAGAGGUCAAUAUCAAUAAGAUCUUGCUUGGGCAUUCAGAGCUUAAAGCUCUAUCAUUGUGCAGUACUAUCGAUUGUUCCCGAGAAAUACUUGAAAACCUAAUACCCGACAUGAGAAACCUCCGAGAACUUCAACUUACUUUUUGUCAAGAUAGCGACUCGUCGCCACAUGAGAGUGUGUGGGUUAUCCGUAACGACAAACUCGAAACACUCAAAAUCAAUAUAAUGACUGACAAACCAUUCGAAGUGCAGUUUCCGUGUUUGAAAAAACUAGAAUUUUUGUCCAAUUCUUAUAGUUUCCGCAUGAUUGACACGUACUGCUGGCAGUUACAAUGUUUGAGGAUUCAUUUUCAAAAUCCAGAAACGAUGGACGAUAUGAUGUCCUUAUCAUUUCCUAAGUUGACUCACCUAGAGGUACACAUGUACGAUGAUAAACAGGUCAAGGUUGAAUAUGCUCGAACUCGAAACGUAUUUGUGGAUAAAGAGAAGGAAGAAAAUUUUGUCAAAUCUAUGCCAAAUUUAAAAUCUAUAACGUUUGAAAGUAAUUUGAUGUUCUAUCGCAUAGCAACGGCUCUCGCCGAAUACAGCCACCAGUUAGAGGAACUAACUGUGAGCUGCUUAGAAAUUGAUGCUGUUCAACUACAAUCGUUUCGGAAAUUACCAAAACUGAAGACUAUUAUUUUGAAAUUUACAAAAAUUAUAUCUUUAACUCAGGCGUUACCAAAGCUAGACAUGCCACAGCUCCACAAUCUGUCACUGUUGCACAAAAGCUCGAAUGUUGCAUUCGACAGUGGACUCGCCGGGUUGAAAACACUGCAACUGACACUUUCCUCCAAAACAAGUGCUAAAGCAGUGCAUAAAAUUUGCUGCAACUUACCUAAUCUAGAACGUCUAGAAUUAUCUUGCCUCGGCAAGUUGAAUCAUGGUGCUUUCCGAUACCUAAACAAGUUGAAAAGGUUAAAAGUUUUACUAAUUAACGACCAUAAUAACAACACUUAUUGGACGCAUUGUCCUGUAGUUCCUACCUUACGAAGAAUUAUAUUCGAUAGAUGCACUGGGUUGACAACGAAAACAUUACAACCCAUAGCUAGGUUAUUUCCUGGGCUUGCCAGCAUAUAUCUAGAUUAUUGUAUUGUAACGGGUAAUAAUGAGGACGAUACAGCUUUCUCCGGUGGGAAGCUUCUGUACGAGAACAGCGAAGAAGCUAAACGAAAGUGCAACGAACAGUUGAAGUCGAUGCUGCCAGAUUGUAUAGUUUCGUUGAAAAACACGACGCUGCAAUGGAGAUACUGUGAAUAA